CAGUCGAUCCAGAGUCAGUCAUAACAAGUAAAGGCUUUUUUUAUAUUUUUAAACGGUCUAGCGCAAACACAAUAGGGAAACCAGGAAAUGCAACCUUGGGUAAUAUUCCCACAUUGUUGUUCGCUUUUAUAGAGGUGUCACUAUUUCGGUUUGAGAGUUUCCGUCUGGAACUGAUAGAGGAACCGAUGGGAGUUAUUUGCAAUGAAGUGUUGUCAUGAGUAGAAACCACUGGGUUUCGUUGUGUGCUUGUCAGUGUGCGAACUUCGGGAGACGGAGCACUGACACGGACACGAAUGAAUGCGCUGUCCACUGAAGUUGCAAUGUAUUCUGAUGAGAAUAACCAGAAUUAUGAGGACUGGAUGUCAAGUUUGCCCGAGGAGCUGUGGGAUGUGCCUCUUUCAAGUCUCGCCAUACCAGGAAGUCAUGACGCUAUGAGUUACUCCCUGGACAUCAACUCUCCUCUGAUCCGCUCUGAGUCCGACACCUUUAGACUCCUGGAUGGUCUCUUCUACUGCCUCACCAGACCUGCUAUCUACAGGUGGUCUACCACGCAGGGAAAAGGUAUUGUGGAGCAGCUUUCAGAGGGGAUUCGAUACUUCGACCUCAGAAUCGCCCACAAACCGUACGACCCGUCCAACGAACUGUAUUUUACACACGUCAUUUACACUCAUCUGACAGUGGUGGAAACUCUGAGGGCCGUAGCCUCGUGGUUGGAGUCUCACUCCAAGGAGGUUGUUAUCCUAGCAUGCAGUCACUUUGAAGGACUCACCGAAAGACUACAUGAACAUUUAAUUUUCUCGCUGAAGAAAAUCUUUGGGUCUAAACUCUGUCCUCGCAAGGAGACAAUGGUGACCCUGCGUGGUCUGUGGGCAAUGGGUUACCAGGUACUGCUGUCGUAUGAUGACCAGUCAGCAGCACGACACCAGGCUCUGUGGCCAGGUAUACCGUACUGGUGGGCCAACCAAAACACGGCCAGCGGGGUGGUCAGCUAUCUGGACUGGCAGAAAGACAUAGGACGCCCAGAUGGUUUAUUUGUGUCCGGUCUGAACCUGACGGCUGACCGCUCCUACAUCGCGCUGCACCCCCGGCAGUCCCUGCAGACCCUAACCCUGGCUAACUGGAAGGAGCUGAGGUCGUGGCUGGAGGAACAGGUCCCUGGACCACACUCUAACAACCUCAACAUCAUAGCAGGAGACUUUAUAGGACCUGUCUCCUUCUGUCCUCUGGUAAUCAACCUCAAUAGAAAACUGUUACGGCAGCAGAGGAAGGAUCAGAGGACUCUUAAAGCAGAGGAGGACUGACUACAGAUGAGAAAUCAAAUAUCUGGUUUAGGGAGUCAUUCAGUCAAAAAUAAGUCAUUUGAAGAGAACAGAAAACUGCUACGUCAGCAAGGUUACGACAACCAGUCAUUAUUUGGUUUCACUGGGAAUCAUACUGACCAUAGAAAGUCAUUCCAAUAGAAGCACUAGAUACUUCAGAAAUGAUUCACACCCUUUGACUUUUUACACAUUUUGUUACAGCCUGAAUUUAAAAUGGAUUAAUUUGAGAUUUUGUGUCACUGGCUUACACAU